AUGUUAGUAAGUGCAAAAAGAAAAAAAAAAAAAAAUUCUAUAUUAGAAGACGAAAGUGAAAAGGAUAUUAGAUUUAUAGAGAGUGGAAAUCAUGAAGACUCAUAUAACAUAUGUGAACUGUAUGGAGACAUAGAAAAUAAUGGAAACAGAACAAAUACAAAUUAUUCUUUUCAAAACCUGAAUAAGAAAGAGCACAUAACUAAGAAUUCAUUCAAAGAAUUUUAUAUAAAUUCAAAAGAAAAUAUGCAAUAUGGUACAAAUGAAAAUGAAAUAUUCACAGAGGAUAUACUUGAAAACGACAAUUUUGAUGACAUUAAUUUUGUUGAGGACGAAAAUAUAGAAUAUAAAACAUACAGUUCUUAUACAAACCGAGAUUUUAAAUUAUUUAGUAAAUAUCCUAGUGAAAGUAUAAAAAAGAAAAUUGUGCAACCUGAUAGAAAAUACAACCAACUAGAUGGGAAAUAUAAGAAAUACUGGUAUAAUAAUGAACGUUUUAAAAAUAAUUUAAAUGAGGAGGACUCAGAUAAAAUGGAAUUUUUGAACAAAAAUAAAAAAAGCGUAGAAUAUAAUAAACAAAAUGGCAUUCACUUCAAAAAAGGAAUUGCGCGCAGUAGUACUCGGAAUAAUAAUUAUAUUCAAGAAAAUUAUAAAAAAUAUAAGGGAAAUUGUAUAGGUAGUAAUAAUUAUGAAUAUUUUAAUCGUGGGGAUUCUAGUUACUAUGAAUAUGAAGAUGAUGAUGAAGAUGCAUACGAAGGUGAUGACGAUGAAAAUAAUCAAGAAAUAAAAAGAAAAAAGAACUUGGAAAAUACCGGUGUAGUAAGGCAGAGUAGAGGAAAUGCUGAGAAUGAAGAUUAUGAAUAUGAGGAAUAUUAUAAUGAUACUAAGGAAGAAGUGGAAUAUAAUGAAGAAGAAGAAGAAGAAGAAGAGAAUGAAGAAGAGAAUGAAGAAGAGGAAGAUGAAGAAGAAGAGGAAGAAGAAGAGGAAGAAGAAGAGAAAGAAGAAGACAAAGAAGAAGAGGAAGAAGAAGAGGAAGAAGAAGAGGAAGAAGAAGAGGAAGAAGAAGAGGAAGAAGAAGAGGAAGAAAAAGCAUUCCGAGAUUCAGUAAGAGAAAGCGAACAAAAGUGUACUAGCGCUUUACGUAACCGCAGAAACAACUUUAACUUAAAAAAUGAAUAUAAAGAAAAUGAAAAUUCUAAUAAGAGGGAAAAUGAGAAUUUCGAAAAAGAAAUAAUAUCAUAUGAAAAAGAAGAAAAUAAAAUGAUUGUUCCUAUGCAUAAUAUUAUAAAUUACAAUGGAAAAAACAAUAAUAAAAAUUAUGAUGUCAACGUGUCGAUUUAUGAAAAAGAUCGUUAUAUAAAUAAUUUAAGAACUAUGGAAAAAAAGCAAAGUGAGGAAUUAGCGACAAUGUAUAAUGCAAAUCAAAAUAAUUUAAAGAAGAAUGAUUUACGAAAAAAUAUACAGUCAAGAGUCAAAAGCAGUAAUAUAGAAAAUAAAUCAAAGAGUAACAUCAUUAGUGCGAAAUAUACAAAUGUAUGUAUUGAUAAAAAUAAAUAUAAUACUUUUAAUAAUAUGGAUGAUAAAACUAUUAUGUUUAAUAUCAUUGGAAGUACUGCGUCUACACCUACUUCUGCUACUACUACUAUCACUACCGCUGCGACUAGCGGCAAUGUUAAGUUAAAGUACAAAGAUGAAAUGAUAAAUAAUGUUGAAUAUAUGAAUAAUUCGUUAUAUAAGAGUACAGCAUAUAAAGAUAGUAAUUAUAUUAUAAAAAAAAUGGAGGCAGGAUAUAAAGAACUAAAAUAUACUGGAAAAUAUGCUAGAGAACCAAUUCAAGACAGUAACGUUGAAGACAAAAAAAAAAAUAAAAUUAAAAAUUUUUUAGAAAAAAUAAAGCAUAGAAAAAAUAAUGAAGAAAAUUUAAUAAAAAAGGAACAUAGAAAUUAUGAACAAGAACAAAAAAAGGAUAAAUUAAAAAUGAAAUUUAUUGAUAUUUUACAUACAGGGACAUUGGGAAAUUUUUUUCAUCGCAGUAAAAGCAAUUAUGCAAAAUCUUUAUCACCCCAGCGUAAAAGGGAUAAUAGUUUUAAUUCUGUAAGUAGUUCAAAUGAUGUAUACAAGAUUAGUUUAGAUUAUUCAAAAAAAUCUAAAAUAAUGAAUACGCUACAUCAUCAUGAAAGUAAUAAUACUCCAUUUCAAUUUUCUAUAAAAGAUGAAGCAAAAUAUUACAACAGGCAAGAAUUAAAAAGAGAAAUCUAUUAUAAUUCGAAUGAAGAAAGUAAAGUUAAGAAUAAUUUGGUUUACGAUUCAUUAAGCAAUGAAAGAUCACAACACAUUAAAGAUGAUAUAAAAUAUAUUGAACUAAUAAAUAAAAAAGACAAAAUAAAGUACCUACAAUUUUCAAAUAAUUUAAAUGAUAAAGAAAAAAGUGUGAAAAAUGGUAAGUGCUUAAGAAGUGAAUAUAGUAAAUAUCUUGAAGUAAAUAAAAAAGAUUAUCAAGAUGAUUUUACCAAAUCAAGGCCCACGUAUACGAAUAACAUAAGUUUAGAUGUAAAUAAUGAACAACCGAAUACAAGCGAAAACAUAUUUCCCAUCCAUCAGCACUUAUCGAAAAAAACUAUUUUUUGGAGUGAUAAUGAAAUGAAAGAAUUAAAACAGAUACAAAAAGAAAAUGAAAUCAACACAAAGAAAUUAAGUACGAAGGAAGAAGAUUUAGAAGUUAAAAUAAAUCAAACACUAAGCAAAAAGAUGAUUGAGAAUAAUGAAUUAAAGAAACAAAAUGAAAACAAUGAAGACCUUAUAGUUACACCCUUUUAUAUAAAAAGCAAAAUAGAUAAAGUUUUGAAAAAUAGUGAAAUUUUCGAAAAGUCUGCCAGAGCAACAUUUCAACAAUUUGAUGUUAAAAAUAAAAAUUUUCUUCAUUUUAGUGAGAUUGAAUCGCUGAUUCAACAGAUGUGCUAUAACUUGGAGCUCCCUCCUGUCGAUAAAAAUAUAUUAUCCAUUGUUUAUAAAGAUUAUGAUAGCAGUAAGAAUAACAGUAUGAAUUACACCGACUUUCGUCAAAUGUACUGGGAUCUGUUAAAGCAAAUAAAGAAGAAAUAUUAUCCAACGAAGAAUUUUAAAAUAAAAAGGAACUGUAUUAUAAGUAGAAAAAAAUUAGGUGGAUAUGAUUAUUCAUCUAUAUAUAAUUAUUUAAGUUUUAAGAAAAUUUUAGGAUGUGGAGCAUUUGGUGAAGUACAUUUAGUUGAAGACAAUAUUUGUAAGCUUUACAAAGUUGUUAAGAUAUUAAAAAAAAAAAAUAUGAAAAAUAUUAAAAUAAAUGAAGAAAUUAAUGUGUUAAUAUAUUUAGAUCAUCCCAAUAUAAUAAAAAUUUUUGAUGUAUAUGAAAAUGUAGAUUGUACAUAUAUUGUUAUGGAGUUAUGUGAAGGUGGUGAGUUAAUGAGUAAAAUCAGAAAAUCAGAAAAUUUUAAUGAAGCGUAUAUAAAGAAUAUAAUGUUUCAAAUUUUAUGUGCAAUAGCAUAUAUGCAUAGUAAUAAUAUAGCUCAUAAAGAUUUAAAACCAGAAAAUAUUUUGUUUAAAACAAAGGAGGAUGAUACUCUAAAAAUCAUUGAUUUUGGUCUAGCAGAGUUAAUUAAUAAAUCGGAAGGAGUCAGUAAAACAGCAGCAGGAACAGUUUUGUAUAUGGCACCAGAGGUGUUUAAAAAAAAUAUUACCAUUAAAUGUGAUAUAUGGUCUGCAGGAGUAAUAAUGUUUUUUUUAUUUACCAAAAAUUUACCUUUUUCAGGUACUACAUAUGAACAAGUGAAACAUAGUGUGUUUAAAGAUGAACCCAAUUAUAAAUCUUUAAAGCAGAAAUUAUCCCAACCAGCAUUACAUAUAUUAAAACUUAUGUUGGAAAAGGAUCAUAAAAAAAGACCUAUGGCUUCAGUGCUUUUGCAUCACCCGUGGUUUCAAGGAUACCUCGAUCCAGUUGAAAUUUCCCCUGGAACAAUGAAUAAUAUAAAAUCAUACAUGAAGCAUUCAAACAUAAGAAAUAUUAUAGUUAAUAUAAUGGCUCAUGAAUUAAGCAUCAUAAAUAAUAAUGUCAAAUAUAUUAAUGAGCUAUUUUUUAAAAUAGACACGAAUCACAAUGGAUCACUUAGUCAUAGAGAAAUUUACACAGUUUUAUCAAAUGCAGGAAUAAAAAAAUGGGACAUUAAUAGAAUUGUUCAAGCACUCGAUAUUAAUGACAGGGGAAGCAUAACUUAUACUGAGUUUAUUGCCGGUUGUUAUAGAUGGAAAAAUAUCGAAUCCACAUUUUUAAAAGCUGCUUUCAAUAAGAUAGAUAAGGAUGAAGACGGAUAUAUUAGCAAAAGCGAUAUAUUUUCAUUAGUUCAAGAUAAGGAUAUAGAUAGUAACGAUAUUGACAAUUUUUUUUCAUCUGUGUUUAGCAUAAAAAGGGAUUUAUCUAAGGAUAAAAGGAUAAAUAAAAUAAGCUUCCCUGAUUUUAAAGAAUAUCUGUUGAGCACAUUUUAG